AAGGUGAAAGACCCAACGCGCCUCCCCCACUGCGGGCAGCAGGGAUCGGGCAGCCGGAACCUGCCGCCUUCCCCCGGGGCGGAGCGCGGCCCUCGCCCCGCCUGUCCCGGCCGCGCCGCUCGCUCCGCGCCUUCGCCAUGGCCUUCGCCACCCGCCACUUCGUGCGCGCCGCCUCCUCCGACGCCGCCACGGCGGCCGCCAAGAAGCUGCUCAUCAAGCAUGUCACGAUCAUCGGCGGCGGCCUCAUGGGCGCCGGUAUCGCCCAGGUUGCAGCAGCCAGUGGUCACACUGUGGUGUUAGUUGACCAGUCAGAUGAAAUCCUUAAAAAGUCUACAAAAGGAAUUGAAGAGAGUUUGAAGAGAGUGAUAAAGAAGAAGUUUGCAGAUAAGCCUGAGGAUGGUGCUGAGUUCAUUAAGAAGACCUUGAAGAACCUCACAACAAGCACAGAUGCAGCAUCAGUGGUCCACAGCACGGAUUUGGUGAUAGAAGCCAUUGUGGAGAAUCUGGAAGUUAAAAAUAACCUCUUCAAGACGCUGGAUAAGUUUGCUCCAGAGCAUACGAUAUUUGCAAGCAACACUUCAUCCUUGCAGAUCACAAAGAUGGCAAACGCAACCACCAGGCAGGACCGAUUUGGGGGUCUGCAUUUCUUCAACCCUGUGCCUAUGAUGAAGCUCGUGGAGGUCAUCAAGACUCCAAUGACCAGCCAAAAGACUUUUGAAUCACUUGUGGAUUUCAGCAAAGCAGUAGGAAAGAGUCCAGUCAGUUGUAAGGAUACCCCAGGAUUUAUUGUAAACCGUCUCCUGGUGCCAUAUAUGAUGGAAGCUGUUCGUCUUUUUGAGCGAGGAGAUGCAUCAAAGGAAGAUAUUGAUGUUGCUAUGAAGCUGGGGGCUGGCUAUCCCAUGGGUCCAUUUGAACUGCUGGACUAUGUUGGGUUGGAUACCAGUAAAUACAUUAUAGAUGGAUGGCAUUCAUUAGAGCCCAACAAUCCUCUUUUUGCACCCAGCCCACUCCUGAAUAAACUGGUAGAAGAAAAGAAGCUGGGUAAAAAGACUGGAGAAGGAUUUUACAAAUACAAAUGAACUCCAGACCUGAAGAGGUGUUAAACUAUCUAUAUAUGCGAUUCAGCAUUGCCAUAAUACAGGUGUUUAAACCUUCCCAAGGGUGGCACAAGCUGCAUUUAGAACAUAACUCACUUGUGAACUGAGUGAUUGCACUAGUUAACUAUGGUCAACGCUUGAUUUGGUAGAUUGUUUUUUUCUUGUAAUUCCAAAAAUUUUCUAUGUACAGUGCCUUCAUGAAAUGUUGAUUUUUCUCAGGUGCAGUACAGAAUGACAAG